CCCUAUCACACCAAGAACCAGCCGCGCUCCUUCUUCCCCCGACCCCACCCAAGCAUCAAUUUUCUUCCUAUUAAUAGCCAGUUAUCCCCAUUUUUUAUCCUCCUUCCUCGCACCCCUCAAAACUGUCUUUUGUUCUCUCUUCCAAGCCUGGCAAAACUCGUUUGCCAGAUAAUACUCCCAGGCUUUGGAUUUGUGAAUAAUAAGGCAAAAACCAUGAACGGGUGUGUAUACCAACAGAAUUCAUUGGUGGGUUGUGUUGGAGACAUGGCAAAGAAGGGUGAUUCUGAUGGCGUCGUUUGUCCCAAGCCUCGCAGGGUUGGUCUUCCCCUUCGAUUUGAUGAACCCAUCAGAUCCCCCUCUCGUUUGCUUCACAUCACUAAUGAACCAUCAGAGGCUUGUGAUGCAAAGGCGGGAACGGAACUUCUUGAUAUUAUCUUGAUGAAGGUAUUUUUAUUCCUUAUUGAUGGAGUUGUUGAAGCCUCACAGAUUUAAUUGAAUUGAAUAUUAAUGUAAAUUCUAAGGAUAUGAUGGAAUUUGUGGGUUUUCAAUCUGUUAUCUUUUUAGACUGUAAAAAAUUCUAAAGUUCGCUGAUAAAAAUCUAUUUUUUUUCCCUGGAGUUUUUUAUGUUGUAGAUGUGGUUUGUUUUAUUGAUUUCUAUUGAAAUUGUUCUCUUGAUAAAAUUCUUACAUGAAAAUGGAUUGAUACAUGAUAAAAGACUACCAAAACAUUUGU